AUGUCUGCUUCCACCAUGAACGCCCAAUUCCCAGCUACCAACUGUGGUUCCACCGGCAACUUCACCGCCGGCAGCACCUACCAAACCACCCUCACCACCCUCCUCUCCUCCAUCUACACCACCAACUCCUCGUCCCUUUCCUACGGCUUCUUCAAUGCCUCCUCCACCGUCUCCGGCGCCUCCCAAACCCUCUACCUCUUUGGCCUCUGCCGCGGUGACUUAACUGCCUUUAGCUGCCGCGCCUGCCUUGAUGCCUUGGCCACUGACAUGCGCCGCCUCUGCCCCCUCCAGAAGGAGGCACUCCUCUACACCGGAAACUGCAUCAUCCGGUACUCGAAUGCCUCGUUCUUCGGCGCAGUCGCCACAGAACCAACGUACGUGGCGAGAACCUCCGACAACGUCUCAAGCCCGGACGCUUACGAUGCAGCGAUGAUGAAGCUCCUGGACAGUCUGUGGGCCGAGGCGGCAGGUGGCGGCUCGUUGAGAAAGUACGCGUCGGGGAACGAAUCGGCGGGGCCUGACAUGAUCUAUGCGGUGGUGCAGUGCACGCCGGACUUGACAGAGCAGCAAUGCACAAGCUGCCUAGUGAAAGGGGUCGAGACGAUCAAGGAGUGCUGUGUCAGGUACACAGGAGGACGGUUCAUGGUGCCAAGUUGCAUGAUCAUGUACGAGACCAAUCAUCGGUUCUUCGACCAGGUCAGUGUGCCACUUCCGCUGCCGCCGCCGCCAUCGCAGGAGGGAGAUGUGCCGCCUCCACCACCAGUUGGAAAGAGCAAUUCGACGAGGACAGUGAUCAUUGGGGUGGUCACAAGUGUUUCUGCACUACUUGUCAUCGGCGUUGUCGUGCUCCUGAAAGUGAAAAGGAAGAAGAAGCAGCCCAGACAAAGUGUCGAAGGUGAAGUUGUGCAUGAAUUUAGCAAGGCGGAGUUGCAGCAAUUUGAUUUCAGCACUAUCAGAGCGGCAACGCACCAAUUUGAGUUUUGCACAUUGGGAGCGUCCAAUAACUCUGCAAAAAAAUUCCAAACUUCCGUUGGACGUUCAUUGUUUGCCAUGCUCCCGAAAAUGAAAUGGAAGAAGAAGCAGCGCAGACAAAGUGUUGAAGGUGAAUUUGAUGAAAUUAGCACGGUGGAUUCGCAGCAAUUUAAUUUCGACACUAUCAGAGCAGCAACGGAUGAUUUCGCUGAUUCCAAGAAGCUUGGACAAGGAGGUUUUGGUGCUGUUUACAGGGGUCGGCUUUCCAACGGACAGGAAAUCGCUGUGAAACGGCUAUCGCAGAAUUCCCACCAAGGAGAAGUAGAAUUCAAGAACGAGGUCAUGUUACUAACUAGGCUACAACAUAGGAACUUGAUCAGGCUCCUAGGCUUCUGUCUAAAAGGAGUCGAGCGGCUUCUCAUCUACGAGUUGAUGCCCAAUCCGAGCCUCGAUCAGUUCAUAUUCGAUCCUCUGAAAAGUGCGAAUCUCGACUGGGAUAGGCGCCACAAGAUAGUAAUGGGUGUUGCUAAAGGGCUGCUUUACCUACACGAAGACUCUCGACUUCGUAUCAUCCAUCGGGACCUCAAAGCCAGCAACAUUUUGUUGGACUCAGACAUGAAUCCUAAGCUAUCAGACUUCGGUAUGGCGAGGCUGCUCGAGUUGGACCAAACACAGGCAGAGACAUUCCGAAUCGUGGGGACCUACGGAUACAUGGCGCCGGAGUAUGCGAUGCAUGGAAAAUUCUCGGUCAAGUCAGAUGUGUUCAGUUUCGGAGUGCUGGUUUUGGAGAUUGUGAGUGGUCAAAGGAACAAUUUUUGCCGCAUGAACGAGGACACGGUAGACCUUAUAAGCUAUGUUUGGAAAAAAUGGAGGGAAGGAUCAAUAUCAAACAUCAUCGAUCCCUCUAUAACUUCUGGUUCGAGUACUGAAAUUGCAAGGUGUAUCCACAUUGGUCUACUAUGUGUCCAAGAAAACUUCGCCAGCCGGCCAUCGAUGGCCUCGGUCUUUCUCAUGCUUAACAGCCACUCGGUCACUCUCCAAGUGCCAUCAAGACCCGCAUUCUUCAUUGACAGUGCCAACGAAUUUGAUACGUCAUCCACGCAGGAUCACAGUUCGAGCGUAUCUAAUGUCGACAGAUCAAAAGGAAAAUCCAACCAGUUCUCCAAAAAUGAGGCAUGUAUGACGCAAGAUUACAGUUCGAAUAUAUCUAACGUCGACAGAUCAAGAGGCAGAUCCAACCAGUUCUCCAAGAACGAGGCCUCUAUGACGCAGGAUUACAGUUCGAGAGUCUCCGACGUGGAGAGAUCAAAAGGCAAAUCCAACCAGUUCUCGGAAAACAAAACUUCUAUGACCGAGCCCCACGGUGGCCUUAGAAAAUGGGAGACCAGCGUUCCCUGCUCAGUACUUUUUAUGUUUGUGGUGGUUUUCUUAUCAUCAAUAUUACAGAAAAGGUUAAGCUUUUGUGCGUGAUCUUUGUAACUUCGAGGAGCUAAAUGGCUUCAAUGUCUAGGAGAUUGGAAGUGAAGGAUACUCACAAAAAUUCGUGCCUUAUAUAAGUUGAUCGUCGUUUAUAAA